AUGUUGUUUGGCUUCCUCGCUCUUUUUUGGGUGCAAUUAAUGAAUGGGGUGUGUGGCGGGUGGCCGUUGUUCUUUUCCCUCAGCGGAAUUUCAAAAGGGCGAUGCCAUGAUGAUUUCAACAUGAAUUGUUCAAAGAGUGCGGGGAAUGGAUCUCAUUCUCCUUCACGGUGUCGCCCUUUAUUGUUGGGCGUGGUGUGCGGGGUGGCGGCCCGGCAGAUCAGACCCCCAGCAAACAAUGAAAAAAAAAGACAAAUGGAGAAAACUAUGACAAUACGAAAAGCAUGGGGUUUGGGAAUUGGGAGUUGCGAAAUGAAUGAAAAUAAACGC